AUGGACCUUCCCAGACCCAGAGGCGGCCUGUGGCAGGGCCUCCUGGUCCUCGUGGCCAAUCUGCUGACCUGCAGGAUGUUCCAGGCCUCUGGCCACAUCUUCAUCAGCCCCGACACCCUCGUAGGGGCCGUGGGAUAUCGGAGCAUACUGAUCCUUGAGAACGUCUCUGAGAAUGUUCUGGAGUACAGCUGGCACCGGGGUGAAGAAGGCAACGCGGCCAACAUGAUUUUCAGCUACAGACCUCCCAGUUCCCGGCUGCCUGGGCCCAUGUACAGCGGCCGAGAGGGCGUGACCCGCAACGGCGACCUGGUGAUCAGGCCAUCUGCACUGAAUGACACGGGGAACUACACUGUCCAGGUGGACCUCGGCAACGAGACCCAGACAGCCACCGGCUGGCUCCAGAUUAUAGAGCUGAAAAACCCAGGCAUCUCGGCCAACGCCAGCUACCUGGUGGAGGACAUGGACUCCGUGGUCGCCGUCUGCCACACCAACGCCACCAUUGUCAAGUGGUAUGUGAACUCCAUACCGACAUCCAGCAGCAACCGGAUGACGAUUUCCCCAGACGGCAAGACCCUUGUCAUCCACAGAGUCAGCCGCUACGACAGGACACUUCACUGUGAAACAGAGCAUUUUCUAGGGAUUACCAAGAGGAGCGAACUGAUCUCUCUGAACGUGUCCUAUGGGCCUGACUACGUGACUCUGUGGGGCACGCCCUCCAUCUUCAUGGGCGCCCUGACCGCUCAGCCCGGCUCCCAGGUGGAGCUCACGUGCAGCGCCCACUCCCGCCCGCCGCCCGCGUACCGCUGGCUCCACAACGGCUCCCUCCUGGGCUCAGCCGAUACAGUCACCCUGCCGAGGCUGGCCUGGGAGCAGAUGGGCAGCUACCGAUGCAUCGUGGAGAACCGCGAGACCCAGCUGGUCAUGUACAGGGACGUCAGGAUCCAGCCUCCCCGUAAGUGUCCUCUCUCUCCAGGGACCACCACGCCUGUUGUCCACAGCGGUUUCCACGUCUCGGGGACCUUAGCGGUGUUCCUCAUCGUGAUGACAGUCCUGGGAAGCGUGUACCUCUGUGGGGUCCUGGUCCAUAUCCUCAUCAGCCACUACUCCACCAGGACAACCCGGGCCACAUGAGUGUGCCUCCAACCUGGAGGAGAAGACCAGGUGGGGAAGGAGGUGAGGGGAGAGCGAUGGAGAAGGACAGAAGAUCCCAAUAUGGAAGAGCUAGACUGGAAAGGGUCCAGGGUCUCUUUGGAAGGGAUGGCCCACAGGCAAC